AUUCCCUACCAACCCGCAAAGUCGUUCAGUCGACGAUUGAAGGCAUAAAUUCAGUCGCUUCAGUCGCUUGCAAAAUCUUUUUCGCUGAUCUGCGAUUGGAGAUGAAUCCACCCAGCACCCCGCCGCCACUACUAGCCCCAAGCCCCGUAGAUCUGACUCCAAAUUUCUUCUUUGGUAUAUUCGACAUGAGAAUCGGUCAACGUCCUCUACAUCAUCUUCUCGCUCCUUGACCUCUUCGACCUUGCUCACUGCUCUGUUGUCUGCAAAUCUUGGCAUGUGGUUAUCAACAAGUCUAAGCUGCUUCAAGUCUUUUACAUGCAGCAGCAGAAAAUUGGAUGUUUCUACAAGUUUGGAGAAGCCUUUGAAUGUGUAUUUGGAGGAGGUGGCUAUGGAGCGCCAUAGACUGGCUUUGGCUAAAGGAUCGGUUGUUGUUAAUCAGUGGAGAGGCCACUCAAUUGGGACGAAUUAAUGUCGAAUGAAGAGGGGAUUGCUUCUUACUGGUGGAGGUGAUAAGGUUAUGCGUCUCUGGUCGUUAGGAAACUAUAAAUGUUUGGAAGAAUAUUCAACACCAGACUCAACCUUCGUAGUUGACUUCGAUUUUGAUGAAUAUAAGAUUGUUGGAUUACUUGGCACUUGUAUAUGUAUAUGGAGGCGAGAUGGGGCAAGAAGUGUAUUUCCUCCUUAUGAGGGUACCUUUUCUAAGGGUUUAUGCAUGCGGUAUGGUGCUUCAUCCUCUCAUUUUUACUUGGUCAUUUGAUAAAAAUGUUGUAAAAAAUUAUGAAAAUUUUAGUUAGAAAGAUAAUUCAUGAUCACUGGCUUAUGUUAAGUCCGAAAAUGUGCAUCACUUGGAACUAAGCAGCUUCGCCUUUUACGGUAUUAUUGCUUCUGACCCUUUCUCUUUCAUGUCUAAAUUUG